AUGGGUUGGAUGGAAAAGGCUCCUAUAGCUAGAGUCAUCGUUGGAUUAGCAAGUGUUUACUUACAUAUUGUGGCAGGUGCUGAUAUAGAUGUUGGGUCUUCCACAGCUGUCAGUGCCUCACUGGGGAAAUCAGUUUCCCUGUGGUGUAAAGUGAAUACAGUGACUUCUGGGCUUUCUACAGAGUGGACCAGAGGGCCUGUUGAUACUCCUACCUUACUGACACAAGAUUGUGUUACUGUUGAUUCAACCAAGUACAGUGUUAACCCAUGUGAUCAGACCCACCACAACUUUACACUUGUUAUAUCCAAUGUGCAGUUCUCAGAUGCUGGGAGAUAUGCAUGUGGUCACAGUGGCAUGGGUAGUGACAAGGUCACUGUUACAGUGAUCGCUGCUCCACAGGGAACUCGUCUCCUCAAUUUCACAGCAGAUACCAAGGUGACAGCUCAGCAGGACACCACAUUUCUGUGUGAGACCAAGGCAUAUCCAGUGGCAACUGUUACCUGGGAGGUAGAUGGCACUGCAGUUACAUCUGGUGUCACACACAGUAAUUCACCAAGGGAUGCCACCACACCACAGCUUAUUACAACUACAAGUACACUGAAGCACAUGUUCCAAAAGACCCAGGGUUCAAAGACUGUCACCUGUAAGGCCAGUAAUAGUGCUUCUGGGUCAACUCCUGCAGUAGUCUCUGUGAAUGUGGACAUAAUUUGUAAGUAUAAAGCCUUGUGA